CUUGUUCUCUUAUAGGUUAAGUUUAAGUUACAGUUUACAUAAAAUUUAUACCAUUUAAUUCGUUUACAACAUAAUUUCUACUUUAAUAACGGUGUAUUGAACCUUAGUCUCGUGUAAAUAAAUUUUGCAAAUUAAAUUAAUAGUUGUGUUUGAUUAGGUUGCUUUGAAAAUGUCGUAUAGUAGUUUGGUAAUGAAAUCCAUGUUUCCAAGAGCACCUCUUGGAAAUGGGUUAGGAAGAUAUGUAUGCCAACUGCAGAGAAUAACAUUGAAGUUUUGUAAAACGCAUGGUGGUAGUCAGGGCAUGAGGGAAUUUAUUGAAACAGAUUUAAUUGAUUUUGCAAGAAGUAAUCCUGGGGUUGUUGUAUACUUAAAACCGAGAAGGUUUCGAACACCUUGUUUAUGGGCUGAAUACUUGAAUGGGGGUGAAGAGUACAUUGGCUGUAACAACCUUUCAAAAGAGGAAAUAUCACAGUGGUUGAAUUGGAUGAAGACCAAGUCAGGCUAUCAAGACAUGAGGUAUCUGAGCUAUUCACACUCUGACCAUCCCUCUGUACAAGGAGUCUGGAGUCCGUUCACCCACAGAGACCCAGCUUUAAACUUGGCUACCUUCCCUCUCGAUACAUUGACUAUAGCUGAGAGACAGUCUCCUUCUGCCACUGAAAUACUGAUGGAAAUGUACAAGAAACAACAACAGACAGAGCCUGACCUGAGCAAAUCUACACAAUCUAAUGAGUAGCCUAAAUGAUGUCUAGUCCUCAAUCAUAUACUGUAGUAUUAACUAUUAAUAUAAUUUGUUAUUUUA